AUGCUGACCACUCUAGCAAUUCUCUUCUUCUCACAGGUGGUCAGCAGCAGCGCGCAAAACGUCACAUCAUCGAGCGAUUGCUCUUGCGGAUUUCGGGACCCAAGGACGCAGGAAGUCUUCACCGAGUCGAUUAUACUGUACUUCAACGAAACACAGUCUGUCGAUCAGCAUGUGUUCGAAGUGCGCAGCUUUCGUAACAAAAACCAGCGAGGAUGGAAUACCAUAUUCCCGCAAGGCGCAAGUCCAGUCAAUAUUCAAUUUGGCAAGAAUGCAACGUGGGAAUGGCAGGAGGAUUUGAACACAACAACACCGAGCAUGCAAAUGAUUCUGGAUCCUCCCCUUCGAUACGAUCACCUUUCAGUUGGAGCCGAGCUUCGUUCCAUGCGUCGAGACAUUCAGUAUGGCACUUUUCGCAGCGAGAUGCGAUCCGCGCAGCCGUGGGCUGGAGGCAGUGCAAUGUCGAUGUACGUCAAGUACAACAGCUCACAGGAUGUGGAGCUCGAUCUACUCAGCAUGAACAAUGCCAGCCUUGCUCGGGUCAUGCAGACUGUAAAUGGCGAAUAUCCAUCAUAUGGCCUCGCGGUCAACUACACCGACAUCGAAAACGGUACUGCACCUGGCUUCCCUCCACGAUCGCCGUGGGACUUCAUGGAGCUGCAAUUCGAUUGGAACGAGACAGUUGUGGACUUCUGGAUCAACGGAAAUAAUUCUCGACAUAUCACAAAAGAUGACAGAGCUAUACCAGAGACACCUGGCACUUUCUACUUCAGCCACUGGUCAACUGGCGAUCGAAACUAUAUGCAAGGACCACCACUGAAUGGCUCCUAUGGCAGCGUGAGAUGGAUCCGUGCCUUCUUCAACAGCUCAUUGAUGACAGGUUCCGAUCAUAGCGCCUACGACAAGAGAUGUAGUACUGCAAGACAAUGCUCAAUUGACGAUAUCUCUCUGCGCGGCUCAACAGAGUAUUCUCGUGCCGCUACACGUCCAUGGAAGGCAACACUACGACAGCGCGGGCUGCGUGACGCAGCUGGAUUCGUUGCCGCCGCUUUCAGCUUCUUCGGUGCUGCAGCCAUACUGAAUGCACUGAUUCGACGCGGGCCUUGGUACAAGCUGAAGAAAGUCGAGAUCCCAGGCACGAAGCGACACUCCACGAAUGCACUGAGAAGGUCUCUGCGAGACUCGCUCGGCUCCAACAUGGGUAUGGCAUUUCCACGCCCGCUUUCGACUCAGGCUCCGUACAUGACCUUGGGCAGUGCCACCGCAUCUGGAUUCGAGACACCAGCACCGGGCUACACCUCUCGAGGCGAGAACCACGUACCAUACCCAUUUCUAUACUCUUCCCAAGGCGACUCUGGGUCCGCGACACCGCUUCCUGCAUAUGAUUCAGGACAGGGAAUGCUUACACCAGCUCGGAGUGUUAGAUCUGCGAAUGGUCGCUGGAUGCCUGGCCACUCUCGAAGCUCCUCUAGUCCACUUCCACGAGCUCAGGAUUCGCGUGGAACGCCUGACAGUGUAUUGCUUCCUGCAUCGUCGGAACAUCCUGCAGUCUCUCUUUUCGCCGAUCCUUUGCGAGAAGAUGAGGCUGAAGAUGACUUUGACUCACGUUCGAGGGCGUCUUCCGAUCUUGUUGGUGCCAGUGACACCCGCAGAAGCUCGAUUGGUUCUUCCUCCGGCAGCCCUCGAGAACAAGCCUUUCGUCAGCUCACUGGAGAAGUAAGUCCGUACCACGAUGACGACGAGGAUCGUGAUGAGAUUCGCCCGCUCAGCCCAGUCAGAGGCUUCAGCCUUUGGCCUCCGCCACCUCGUGGCUGGGCUGAAGACGGCCAUAUGACCGGAGACAGCAAGCGCAUGAGCUUCAUGGAUCUCGAUGAUGCUAUUCCAAAACGCGCGAGUCAUAAGAGUCUUCGUAGUAUCAGAAGUCACAAAAGUCUCAAGGAGAAGUUCCCCUCGGUUGAAGUGCCAGAGGCACCCAAUGACAUUUCCAUGGGGAAGAUCAUGAACGAGAAGACUGGUGUGCCCGAUGCUCUCACUGGAGCUGCGACGGCCGAGCCUGUCAAAGAGCAGCUUCCGCAGGCACCAAAGGUCCCGCAGACUCAACAGCGCAUCGACUAUCUGGCCGGCCUCGUCGCUAUCUCGUGCAUCAUGGUCACCGUGCGGCAUUUUGCACUUACUUUCUGGCCUUAUAUCGUUGAAGCUCAAGGUUCCACGAUGCACUUCGCAGCUGACAGGACAUUGUCGUACAUUUUCGGCCCCUACAUUCUCACUCCUCUGUGGAUUGGGCCUUUCUUCGUCACCUCUUGUCGCUUUCUGGCUCAACGAUACCUCAAGACUGGCAAAUUUGAAGACAUUGCGAACAAGAUGUUGCUUCGUGCACCACGAAUGUUGAUUCCAGUCUUCAUCUUCAUGACUCUGACAUACUUCCUCUUAUCUCUGGGCUUGACCGGACGACUGGAAUGGCUUCCUAGUGUCAGUUACAGCGUCUGGCCAUAUGUCGUGCCGCAAGGCAACUUUGGCAUCUUCCUCAACCAGCUGGUGGAGCUGAGCUACAUCAUCCCAAACAACCCACCUGAAGUAAUCAACAAUUACUGCGUCGGUGUCCUAUGGACUAUCCCCGUUCAGCUUCAAUUCUCUUUCGUGGUUCUCCUAGCAACAGUCCUGAUCAAAGACAUCAAGAAACCAUGGAAGCGCAUGUCGUUCUACAUUUUCAGCAUCGCCAUGGGCUGGUAUGGAUCAAGCUGGUCUGCAUGUCAUUGGCUUGGUCUGAUGCUCGCUGAUGUGGACAUCACUUACGACUGGAGACGUAAAAUCCAAGCUCGCGCCUGGGUACUCUACCCAACUUUGAUAUUCGCGACCAUCCUUACACUCGCCACGCCACUGGUACUGCUUUUCAACUCUGCGUUCUACUACUUUUCUUUCAUGUCAUGGGAUAACGCGAUACAUCCGGAAACUACGACUGGCAGGCCGGUAUAUCAGACAAUACCUUCGAUCUGGUAUGCAUAUCCGGAAUACUUCGCGCCGACGUUUGCGCAUCUUUCCUUUAGUCUCGGAUUACAGCUUAUUGUUGAGCUUUCUGUUUGGGUUCAGAAGGCUUUGAGUAUCAAGCUGGUGACCUUCUUCCACCCGCACAUCAUGACAUUGUACUUGCUGCACGGCUUCAUCUUCUGGAGUCUUGGUGCAUACGUUGCUGUCUCUAUGAGUGAUCUGGGUCUCCCUUACUGGGCGAUCCUAUUGAUCACAGCAGCAGUGUGCUAUGCUUGUUUACUGCUUGUGACAAUUGUCAUUACGCCUUUGAUUGAGUUUGCGACAAAAGGAGCAACCAAGAACAUCUGGCGUUGGGCUACAGAAGAGCCAGUCCCUCACAGAAAGACGACUGCGCCUUUCAACAAGGAACUCAUCAUGGGUAGAGCACCUGCAGAAGGCGAGCCGGACGUCAUUCAAGCAAGACGGCCGUCAGCCCGCUCAAUAGCAUGA